AUGGGAGAACAUUACGGCUGUAGCCUCGAAACCCUCCUAAUGAUGAUGAUGAUGAUCAUUGAUCACCUACAGCCUGUCACAGCCAAGCCAGGGAAGUCCAGCUUGCCUAUGAAUGAAAAGAUUAGAACCACGCAAUUCACGUUGACAAUAUAUACGGUCAAGGGUACUGAAGGGAGACACCAUGCCUUUGACAUGCAAGACAUGUCGUUAUCAAACUGCCCUGCGGAGUUUCUAACAAUAGAGGAAUUUGUGAGUGAUGAUGAGAGUUUUGGGGAAGAAGAAGAUACUGAUGAUGAUGAUGAUCAUAACUUAAGUGAAGAAAUUACAGAUAUGUUUGAAGGUCAGUCCUGGGAUCAGAAUGGAGACUUCUGGCCAUUUCCUUCAGAGGGUUUUUUACUCCUGAUCUGCUUGAUGAACUCUAGGAGUCACACAAUUUCAGAGGGAACCAUGAAGAUGAUCUUACACAUCAUACAACGUUUUGGAGGAGAUGUGCCCUCGCUUAGGAGUUUGAAAAACUUCAAGUUCCCAGGACUGGGCCAAUUAGUGAAGCAGAACAUGCAUGGAAAUAAACAUUUCUCAAUGUUGGAUAUCAUGGCAAUCUCAAAGAUGGCAGUAGCCCACCCAAAAAGUGGUCUCUCUUCAUCAGACGAUCAAACUGUUGAAGUAAAAUUGAAAGUCUUCAUCGAUGACAUGUCAACUAAUAAGAGUCGACGAUGGUCACCGAUGGGAGUCUGUCAAAUACAGCCAUCAGGUGUUCAGUCGGACUCAGAGUUCAUCACUGUAGUAUCAGUAAGCACAGAUGUCGAAAUGCUGCAGAUAGUAGAUCAUAUCAUCACUGAUAUCGAAAAAGAUGAAAGGCAAUUAGGCUAUGUGGCAGCCAGAGGAGAAAUCAUGGAUGUAAAAGUUACAUUUGAACACUUCGUCGCUGACAUGGCUGAAAUGUCAGCAAUAUGCAGCCACAAGGGAGCUGCUUCAAAUUAUCCCUGUCCUAAGUGUAAAGUGAAGAAGGGAGAAACCCAAAAAGGAGAAAUGAGGACAAAGGAUGAAACCCAAUUGAAACUACUAAACUCAGAUGGCAGUGAAGGGGUUAAAGUUGGUGAAAACCCUCUGUUUAAUCAUCAGUUUGACCCUCAUAAAAAAGUUCCAUAUGGGUCUCUUCAUCUAUUGAAAUUGGGACUCAUCAAACAACUGUGUCAGAAGAUGAAAGAGGGGGAUAAUAUCCUUAUGGAUUGUUAUAUUGCCGAGUUGGCUCCGACUCUAGGAAGAAAAUUCCUAAAAUAUAUUGGGAGUAGGCAAGGGAAGGACUUUUUGGCCUUUAUUCAAAUUGCUCCCUUAAUAGCACUGUUCACGGGUCUUCCCACAGCAAUUUUGAAGGCAUGUGCUACCUUAGCAGAAUUAUCAAAAAUGGUGAUGUGCAAAAAAAUUGGAUCAUCUCCAUCAGAUAUCGGAAAGAAGGGGCAUGAGUACAUGCAACGGGUGAUAUCAUUAGGUGAUAAACAGAUGCUAUCACCCAAGUUACAUGCCUUGGAAUAUCUA